AUGGACAAGUGGGUCCGACCUUGGUUUGCAUUUGAUAAGGACGGUAAGAAAAAAUCAAAUCGAGCGGAGCGCGUGACGCUUUCACCUCUAACCAGUCCUUUCGUGCUAAAGACCACAACACAAAAGAACCUACAACCAGUACCUCUAAGCAAGACUUGUAUAAGGCAAAAAAGUCCUUUAAAUAGCACAACCAACCCAGCAAGAGGUUUCACAAAUUACUCGCGGCCAUCUCAGCCCGAGUUUUACGCGGGCUGCCUCAGAGUCUCAAAAUUCAAGAGAUUACCUUCAAGAAAGGACCAAUCUAUCAAGACCGGUAUGAGACAUGCCCUGACCAAGAAGAAAUCAAAAAUUACACAAAUUAUUUUAGGCAUGAUGAACUUCGCCAAUUUUGUCAUUCCUAGGGGGCGGUUACACUGCCGCCAACUACAACUACAUGCACGUACAUUGAGCCUCCUUCCGCCGUGCCAACCAGUGAGUAUAUCUGCGCCCGUUGUUGCGCAUCUCAAAUGGUGGUUCGACAUACUGGAAGGUCCUCAAGUGAAGAACACCUUCCAUCCGGAGCUAAUGUCUCACUUCAUGACCACGGAUGCGGCCCAUUUCGGUUGGGGUCCGCAGGUUGAAGAUUUCACAACGUCAGGCAAAUGGCGGCCGGAUCAACUCAACUGGCAUUGCAACCGUCAGGAGAUGUUUGCUAGCAUAGCAGCAGUGAGUCAUCAUUACAAGCAUCGACUACAAAACCAACAUCUUGUUUUCCAAACGGAUAAUCGGACGGUAGUGUCUUACAUCAGGAAAGAGGGGGGAACGCGGUCGGUAACCCUUCUCAACCUAACUUACCAGUUGAUGGGGAUCUUGGACCGAUGGAACAUAUCGAUUACUGCAAAAUACCUGCCAGGCAGAUUCAACGAUAUCGCCGACGGAUUAUCUCGGGGAAAAAAGGCAUCAGAAGAGCACCUGAAAAAACCAGCGCUGAGGAAAAUAUUCAAGACAUUUGGAACGCCACAAAUCGAUCUGUUUGCCACCAACCAAACGAAAUUUGUAGAGAAUUAUGCCAGCAAAGAUCACUUAGACUCAUCAGCCACAUUUUGCAACGUUUUCAGUCGGAUAUGGAAUUAUCAGUUGGCUUGGGUGUUUCCGCCACCGAGCUUGAUACCCCGGGUACUUCAUCAUCUGAACUCGGCACAAGGAACAUUCCUCGUUGUGGCUCCCAUGUGGAAAAAAGCGUUUUGGCUUCCAGACCUUUGCAGGCGAGCGUUGCGCAGACCACUGAGUAUACCAGAUCUGGAAUAUGUCUUAAUAGAUCAGUUCACCGGUCUUGCCCCACCACGUGUACAAGAAAUGCAGCGAACCGAACACUGGUCCCAAUCUGAAAAGAACUUUUUAAAACUAAGUUGGAGAGAAUCAACCUUAAAAACCUACAAACCAGAUUGGGUAAGCUAG